ACUUGCGAACGUACUCAGAAGGCAUCAUUUGCCCUCACCGCAUUGGCUCCACACCCCAAAUAUCUCAAGCUCAGGGAUGAUGACCGAAUCUGACCACACCCAUUCCCAGUAUGUCUGGCUGUGUGACAAGGCCCCUGACCCUUCCAGGGCCUUUUCAGAAUGCUCUAAAACGGCCCUGGACCCCUCCCCCAGGCAUGAGGGACAGGCAGUUGGGUUAAAGAGCUUCUUCUCUAGAGUCCACUAUCUCUACGGGCACUAGGCAGACUAUGCAGACUGGUCAUUCCACUAAGCUCCAGCAGCACCCUUCACAAGCCCAUGCUGGGAUACCUCUGUGAUCGCCCAGCCAACUACUGGCACAUGCGCAAACACGCAUGCGCGGAUUUGCCCACGCCACCACGCCUGUCUGUGGGCCCGCCUGUGGGCCCGCCCGGGGCCUGAUUCUAGGUCAGGUCUGGACCCAGCUUCACUGGAGGAGUGGCGGCAAGUGCCGCUGGUAGGAACACCAUGGCUGGGGGUGUGUGGGGUCGGGGCCGGGAUGGCCCUGUGGGGUCCCUAACGCUGACAGCUCUAGCGGAAGGAAUCCGGGCUAACCAGGGGCAGCCUGUGGGACCCUCCUCUACAGGCCCUCAGGCUGAGCACCUGGAGCUUGGACCUGAGGCUGAGAUCUACCCUCGAACGCUCACCCCCGCCUCGGAGGCCCAGCUUGGGAAUGAAGUGGUUGCCCCAACAGCUGGCAGUGGGAACUGUUCCCCACACAACGCCCGGGAGCCAGCCCCUGAGAGAUUCUACCAGUACUCCUGGGAGGAAGGGACGCUUGCAGACCUUGCGGUGUAUACAGCUGCCUGUCUGGAGGACGCUGGGUAUGCCGGGACCCAAGCAACAGCGCUCACUCUGUCCUCAGCCCUGGAGGCCCGUGGCCAGCGACUGGAGGACCAGGUCCACAGUCUGGUGCGUGGACUGCUGGCACAGGUGCCUAGCCUGGCGGAGGGGAGGCCCCGGCGGGCAGCCCUCCGGGUGCUGAGCGCGCUGGCUCUGGAGCAUGCGCAGGACGUGGUGUGUGCGCUGCUACCCAGUUCACUUCCCCCUGACCGGGCGGCCACUGAGCUGUGGCGAAGUCUAAGUAGGAACCAGCGCGUCAACGGGCAGGUGCUGGUGCAACUGCUGUGGGCAUUGAAGGGCACCGCAGGUCCUGAGCCCGAGGCACUGGCAGCCACGCGUGCUCUUGGAGAGAUGUUGGCAGUGUCCGGCUGCGUGGGAGCCACGCGAGGCUUCUACCCUCACCUGCUCUUGGCACUGGUCACCCAGCUACACGAGCUGGCUCAAGGUGUUAAUUCCCCGGAGAGCCCUAAGGUUUGGGAGCCUUCUCGCCGAGGCCCGCCUCACAGCCACGCCAGCUGCACGGUGGAGGCCUUGAAGGCUUUGCUCAGUGGGGACGGUGGCCGCAUGGUAGUCACGUGCAUGGAGCAAGCGGGAGGCUGGAGGAGACUGGUAGGAGCCCACACCCACCUGGAGGGCGUCCUGCUGCUAGCCAGCGCCAUGGUAACGCACGCGGAUCACCACCUGCGAGGCCUUUUUGCAGACUUGCUUCCUCGGCUACGAAGCACCAACAACCAGCAGCGCCUCACCGCUAUGGCUUUCUUUACCGGGCUGUUGCAGAGCCAGCCCACUGCACGCCUUUUGCGUGAGGAAGUCAUCCUGGAGCGGCUUCGAACCUGGCAGGGCGACCCAGAGCCCACCGUGCGCUGGCUAGGACUCCUUGGCCUUGGGCACCUUGCCAUGAAUCGUGGGAAGAUAAGGCAUGUGAACACGCUGCUGCCGGUACUCCUAAGAGCGCUGGGCGAGGGGGACGCGAGGCUCGUGGGUGCUGCCCUGGGUGCGCUGCGGAGAGUACUGCUGCAGCCGGGAGCACCCGUGAGGCUCCUCAGCUCGGAACUGCGACCACGCCUCCCGCCGCUGCUGGACGAUGCUCGGGACUCUGUCCGCGCUUCAGCUGUGGGACUCCUUGGGACGCUGGUGCGGCGGGGACAGAGGGGUCUCCGGUUGGGGCUUCAGGGACCCCUGCGGAAAUUGGUGCUACAGAGUCUGGUGCCGUUGUUGCUGCGUCUCCAUGACUCCAGUCAGGACGCCGCUGAGAGCUCGGAGUGGACACUAGCUCGCUGUGAUCGGGCCCUUCGAUGGGGCCUCCUGGAGGAGAUGGUUACUGUGGCCCACUAUGACAGCCCGGAGGCUCUAAGCCGUGUCUGCCACUGCCUGGUUCAGCGGUAUCCAAGCCAUGUUCAGUAUUUCCUGAGUCAGACCCAGGGCUACCUGCGCAGCCCACAGGACGCCUUGCGCCGCGCAGCCACUGUGCUAAUAGGCUUCCUGGUCUAUCACGCUAGCCCCAAUGGAGUCAGUCAGGACCUGUUGGACUCUCUGUUCCAGGAUCUAGGACAGCUGCAGGGCGACCCGGAGUCUUCGGUGUCCACGGCUGCGCGAGUAUCUGCCCAGCAGGUGGCGCUGCUCGCUCGGGCGCAGGUCCAAACACGCAGCCCCCGCCUCUUCCGCUUCAUCCGCCAUCGUUCAUAUCCUACAAGGCCCCAUCCACUCUAUGACGAUAGUCCAUUCCUACGCCGGAGCCUUGCAGGCCGAUGGAGCUGCCCCGAACCUCGAUGAGCCAGGCUCGGUAUCCAUAUUCAUGGGCACACACUAUCUUUGCUGUCGUCAGUCCCUGCUACAGCAGAUCUGCGGAAGAGGGCCUAUUCAAGGGUCACCCUGGGCCUGGUGCUGGACACUGGGUUGCCCUCUAACUACUUUCUAUGUCCCACCGUGUGACAACUGUGUCCCAGAUGGCACAUUUCACUUCAAGUCCCUCUUGUGGUCUUGGUCCAGUUAUUUAUUUUUUUACCAGGCCAGUUUUGUCACCAACCUGGAGUGUACCCUCUGCUCCAGCUUGGACCCAGCACCUGUCAAAGAUCUGAUGAAGGCACUGAAGUUGAUGCCACCGUAGGCUGUCAUGCUCCCUCCCUCGGGCUCAGUCUGCCUAGGCCACAGUCCUACCCAUCAUGUCCUUCCAAGUUACGUCAGAGUGGUCCAUCACUGCUGUUUCUUCCAUUUUCUAUUCCUUACAGCUGUUCUGGCUUAUGUCUCCUUCGUUCAAGAGGCAUUGACCAGCUCUCCUGUUCAUACCUGCCAUCCCUACUCCUUGGGAUAACCGAUCUGUCUCCUAUCGCCACUGAUGUUAGAACCCACCUGUACAAUGGUGUUUUCUAGAAGGUGUCUCUAGCAUCCCUUCAUGCUGGAGAGCCUAAGCCAGGAUUGCACCCUGGGUUGAAGUAUGUAAGCAGGCACUCCACACCCACUAGACUGUGAAUGGGUAUGUCAUUAUCCAAUGCCCUGCACAGGGCUCGGCUGGGAUGGCACAGCUGGAUAGACGGGAAGAGUCAGCCAUAGUUGUGACCCCGCCCCUACAGGCAUAGGCGUAGGCAGCUUCUUCCACUUAGAAUGCCUGCCUUGGAAUGUCCUCAGGCUGCAGGGAGGCCUCCUCACAAACAGGGUAUGUUUGUGGUAAUGUAGGGGGGCUGUUUCCCCACACUGGGGUCUCUUUGGGGCAAGCAUGGGAUCCUAUUUACCUUUGCCUCUGUAGCUCGUACAUGGAAGAUGUUCAAAAUAAACAUGAGUGUGUGGCAGAGGCUGAACAUCUGUCUGAGAAAUUGGUUGUGAUGAGCUGGGCUUUGCACAGGAUCCAGCUUGGCUUGAAGUGAGCAAAGCAGGAUGCAGCAAGACUCCUGUCUGGCUGGGGAGAUGGCUCAGUGGUUAAGAGCACUCGUUGCUCUUGAAAAAAUGGAGACUCCUCUACUCAUCCAGUAUCCAGUGGUGGCUAACAAUUGACUGUAACUCUUGUUCUAAAGAGUCUGAGGCCUUCUUCUCCCCCUUCUGAGGCACUGCAUGCACAUAGAGCAUAGACAUGCAGGCAAGAUACCCAUUCACAUAAAAUACAACUUUUUUUGUUUUUUCAGUGCUAAUGUCAGUAUGAAGACAGGACUCAAGAUCCAGUAGCUCAGGGAAAAAAGCUUGUCAGUGCCUGACUGGGUUCACCUUACGGCAGAGAAACUGCCAAAUGGUUAGGGUCAUACCACAAAAGGGGCCAGAGGAAGUGUAACCAGGAAGCUGAGACAAGGGGCCAUAAGUCCAAGGCAGCCUGGACAACUUAGUGAGACCCUGUCUCAAAAUAAAAGUACAGGGCCUGUGAGAUGGCUCAGCACACAAAGGCACAUGUUGACAGAGCUGCUUGAGUUUGUCCUCCAGAACUCAUAUGGUAGAAAAAGAGAACAAACUCCCUCUCACAUAUUGUCCUCUGCCACAGCGCAUGGGCACACACGUGUCUACACACACGCAUGCACACACACACACACAUACACACGUGAUUUUUUUUUUUAAAGUAUGAAAUAGAGUAGGAAUUUAAUUCAGCGAUAGGGUGUUUAUGUAGUUCAAGGCCCUGGGUUCAGUCUCCAUUACUGAAAAAAAAAGUUAUCCAAACUUUACCACUGGAAUUAGUUGAUCCUUAGUGCAGGUCAGCCUUAGGUCAGGGGGAUGGAUCCUCCUGAAGUCAGGGAGAGGGUGGUACAUUAAUUUUGACCUUUAAGAACAGGUGCUAAAAAUGAGGUUCAACAUACAAGAAAUAAAUGGAGGAAAAUGGCCGCAGGCUGCUGGACGUCAGUGAAGGAGAAGCAGGGAGGGGUCAUGAAGAGCAAGCCAGUGAGCUGCACUCCUCCAUGGCCUCUGCAUUAGCUCCUGCCUCCAGGUUCUGGACCUGUUUGAGUUCCUGCCCUGGCUUUCCUCAGUGACGGACUGUUACUUUGAAGUGUAAGCCAAAAUAAACC